AUGAGUGCAAAGAACUUGCUAAGGAAACAUGUUUACAGUAAAGUAAAGAUUUUAACAGAUGUCGAUAUUCAACGACAAUCAGUCAAUAUUACUAAAGUAGUAGAAACUUUUAUAAAACCAUAUAAUGCUAUUGCAUGUUUUAUGAGUAUGGAGAAAGGUGAAGUAGAUACAAAACAUAUAAUCAAAAAUAUAUACGAUCAAGGGAAAGAAUUAUAUCUACCAAGAUGCACACAUACUCUAGAGACAGGCCAUUCUCCUUUCAGAUCAAAUGGUGAUAAACAUCAUCCUCAUUUAACUUUCCAUAAGGUGGAAUCGUGGGAAAUAGCAAAGAAUUUGAAGCCCCAAGGAAAGUAUAACCUUAGGGAACCUGAAAGGGAAGAUCCUGCACCACUGCCCCCUAAAUUAGAUGUUAUACUGGUUCCUGGUGUUGCAUUUGAGUUAAAGAAUGGGGCCAGAAUUGGACAUGGUGCAGGUUACUAUGAUGAUUUUUUUCUUAGGUAUCAACAUAGACAUCAACAGGCUACUCAAAAUAUGCCACUACUUGUUGGACUGUGUCUAAAUGAACAAAUUGUGAAUUCUAUUCCAGAAGAAUCUCACGAUUAUAAAAUGGAUGCAAUAAUAUGUGGGGAUGGCAAGUUAUAUUGGUUCAAUAACAAAACUAAUCAAUACAAUACAGCAUAA